AUGACUAUUCCAGAGACUCCCAUCUUUAAUCAACUAAGAAAGAUCUUGGAUGAGAGAAUUAUGAUAUUGGAUGGUGCCAUGGGUACUGAAAUCCAAAAGUAUAAAUUAAAGGAUGCUGAUUAUCGUGGAGAAGAGUUUAAAGAUUUUCCUCAUGAAUUGGGUGGAAACAAUGAUUUACUUGUCCUUACCAGACCACAUAUUAUUAAAGAAAUUCAUCUUAAAUAUUUACUUGCAGGAGCAGAUAUUAUAGAAACCAAUACAUUUAAUGGAAAUAUAUUUUCACAAGCCGAUUACAAGAUGGAACAUUUGGUAAAGAGAUUAAAUAUAGAAGCUGCUAAAUUGGCAAAAGAUGCAUGCAUAGAGGUGAUGGCACAAGAUCCAACACGUCAGUGUUAUGUUGCCGGUGCAGUUGGUCCAACCAACAAGACUGCAUCCAUCUCACCAUCGGUCGAGCGUCCAGAAGCACGUAACGUCAAGUUUGACGAGUUGGUCGACGGCUACUACGAGCAAGUUGAAGCAUUGGUAGAGGGAGGUAUCGAUAUCAUCCUCGUCGAGACUGUGUUUGAUUCGCUCAAUUGCAAGGCUGCCCUUUUCGCAAUUGAAAACUACUUUGUCAAGCACAACACGGUGUUGCCAGUGUUUGUGAGUGGUACCAUUGUCGACAAGAGUGGUCGUACCUUGUCGGGACAGACAGGCGAGGCCUUUUUCACAUCGGUGCAACAUGCACGUCCCAUGGUGUUUGGUUUGAACUGUGCACUCGGUGCUACCGAGAUGCGUCCGUUCCUUGCCAACGUUAGCAAGUGUUCAGACUGCUAUGUGUCGUGUUACCCCAAUGCAGGUCUGCCCAACACAUUCGGAGGGUACGAUGAGACCCCUGAAAUGAUGGCUGGCAAGAUCCUCGAGUUUGCACAGUCGGGAUUCUUGAACAUUGUCGGUGGGUGCUGCGGUACCUCGCCCGACCACAUCCGCGCGUUUGUCGAAGCGACCAGAGGCGUGCAGCCACGUCGUAUCCCCACGAUCGCACCCUACACCACCGUGUCGGGUCUCGAGCCACUCGCCUUCACCCCGCAACUCAACUUUGUCAACGUCGGUGAGCGUUGCAAUGUGUCGGGGUCGCGUCGUUUUGCCAACCUCAUCAAGGCAAACAAGUACGAGGAGGCCAUCUCGGUCGCACGUCAACAGGUCGAGGCCGGAGCCCAAAUCAUCGAUAUCAACAUGGACGAAGGUAAAUGUAUCGUCAACUCGAUCUCGCUCAAGGUUGGCGAGGAGCUCUUUAUCGAGCAGGCGCGUAUCUGCCACCAGUACGGUGCGGCCGUCGUCGUCAUGGCCUUUGAUGAAAACGGACAGGCUGUCGACAAGAACGACAAGGUGCGUAUCUGCUACCGUUCCUACAAGAUCCUCACAGAGGUUGUCGGAUUCAAGCCACAAGACAUUAUCUUUGAUCCAAAUAUUUUGACCAUUGCAACGGGUCUCGAGGAGCACAACAACUAUGCCGUCGAGUUUAUCGAAGCCACCCGCGAGAUUAAGCAGUUGAUGCCACUCACCAAGGUGUCCGGUGGUGUGUCCAACUUGUCAUUCUCGUUCCGUGGCAACGAGCCAUUGCGUGAGGCCAUGCACAGUGCCUUUUUGUUCCACGCUAUCCGUGCCGGUAUGGACAUGGGUAUCGUCAACGCCGGUGCCCUACCCAUCUACGACGACAUUGACAAGGACCUCUUGUUGAUGUGCGAGGAUGCCAUUUUGAACCGCUCCAACGACUCAACCGAGCGUCUGCUCGAGUAUGCCCAGCGCAGCAAGGGGUCAGAGGGUGCCGGCAAGGCGGCCGAGGUCGAAGAGUGGCGUACCAAGCCCGUGCAAGAGCGUAUCUCGCACGCACUCGUCAAGGGUAUCACAUCGCACAUUAUCGAGGAUACCGAGGAGGCCCGUCUCACCAUGCCAUCGGCAUUGCGUGUCAUUGAAGGCCCAUUGAUGUCGGGUAUGGAUGUCGUCGGCGACUUGUUUGGUGCCGGCAAGAUGUUCUUGCCGCAAGUCAUCAAGAGUGCGCGUGUCAUGAAAAAGGCCGUCGCUCAUCUCAUCCCCUUUAUGGAGGAGGAGAAGUUGGCCAAGCGCGCCCGUGGAGAGGUUGCAGAAGACCAGGAGAACGCCGGUGUCGUCGUGUUGGCCACCGUCAAGGGUGACGUGCACGAUAUCGGUAAGAAUAUCGUCGGUGUCGUCUUGGGAUGCAACAAUUACAAGGUGAUUGAUCUCGGUGUCAUGACACCAUGCGAAAAGAUCUUGCAACAAGCUAUCGAGCAAAAGGCCGAUAUCAUUGGUUUGUCGGGACUCAUUACACCAUCGCUCGACGAGAUGAUCUAUGUUGCCUCUGAGAUGCAACGUGCAGGUUUCAAGGUGCCAUUGAUGAUUGGUGGUGCUACGACAUCGCAGAUCCACACGGCCGUCAAGAUCUCACCUCACUAUAGAGAGCCCGUCGUGCACGUGUUGGAUGCCUCGCGUUCUGUCACGGUCGUCAGCUCACUGCUCGACAAGAACAACAAGGAAGCAUUCUUUGAAGACAUCCAACACCAGUACUCUGAGCUCCGUGAGAAGCAUUAUGCAUCACUCAAGGACCGUAACUACAUGUCGCUCGAAAAGGCACGUGCACUCGCCCCCAAGACCAACUGGAACACGGUUGAAAUCACUCGUCCCACCUUUAUUGGCAAGCAAGUGUUUGCCGAGUACCCCCUCGAGCAGCUCAUCCCCAAGAUUGACUGGAACCCAUUCUUUGCCACCUGGCAGUUGCGUGGCAAGUACCCCAACCGUGGGUACCCACGUAUCUUUAACGACGCCACUGUCGGUGCCGAGGCCAAGAAGCUCUUUGACGACGCCCAAGCCAUGCUCAAGCUCAUCGUCGACAAGAAACUCCUCAACGCACGUGGUGUCAUUGGGUUCUACCCCGCCAACUCGGUCAACGAAGACAUUGAAGUGUACAGCGACGAGACACGCUCGACUGUCGUCGGCACACUCCACGGUCUCCGUCAACAAUCUGAAAAAGAAACUGAAGAACCAUACAUUGCCAUCGGUGACUAUAUUGCACCCAAGUCAACUGGCAAAACCGACUAUAUCGGUUUGUUUGCAGUGUCUGCCGGUUUUGGACUCGACGCAUUGGUCGAACAAUACAACGCCCAAAACGACGAUUACUCAUCGAUUAUGGCCAAGGCUCUAGCCGAUCGUCUUGCCGAAGCUCUUGCCGAACACGUCCAUCUCGACGUACGUGUCAAGCACUGGGGUUACCAAGUCAACGAACAAUUGUCACCCGACGACUUGUUCAAGAUCAAGUACCGUGGUAUCCGUCCCGCUCCAGGUUACCCAGCUCAACCAGAUCACACUGAAAUGCAAACCAUCUGGAACAUCAUGAACGUCCAACAAGACACUGACAUUGAGUUGACAGAGUCUAUGGCCAUGUUGCCAGGUGCCGCCGUCUGCGGUCUCUACUUUGCUCACGAACACGCCAAAUACUUUUCAGUUGGAAAAAUUACCAAAGACCAAGUUGAAAGUUAUGCUAAACGUAAAGGUAUUUCAAUCAAUGAAGCUGAACGUUGGUUAAGUCCAAUUCUUUCUUAUGAUAGACAAUUCAAUUAA